AUGGUAACUUUAAAGAGAUACCGAGACAACUAUGUGAAGAUAGACUGUAAGGAAAUGGCCUGCGGGUGUGGCUCAGUGGCAGAGCUCAUGCUACAGGUGUCACUUAUGGACAUGUUAGACAAGGGCUUGCCAGAUCUGGGCCUUACUCUGGGCCUGGAGGUGUGGCUCAGUGGCAGAGCUCAUGCUACAGGUGUCACUUAUGGACAUGUUAGACAAGCCUGCAACCACUGGUCCCUGCCCUACAGCCUGGCGCCGGGCCGCAAGUAUGCGGGGCGCAGCGGCUCCCGCUACACCGUCUACGACGUGGUCUUCCACCCGGACGCCCUAGCGCUGGCCCGGGGCCACGAGCGAUUCCGCGCAAUGCUGGACGCCACGGCCCUGGAGGCGGUGGAGCAGCAGUUCGGCGUCAGGCUGGACCGCAGGAACGCCAAGACCCUGAAGAUCAAGUACAAGGGGAUGCCGGAGGCUGCGGUGCUCCGCACGCCCCUUCCCGGGGGCGUCCCUGCCCAGCCCGAGGGGGAGCCGCCCGAGCUUCUCCCGGACCUGCAGUACCCGUACCCGUACCGCUACCCCGAACUAGGCCUCGGGGAAGGGCCCCCUCCUGGGGACCGAAGCCCCCCUUGCACCGCGUUCCCGGGCUGCGACACCGAGUCCCGCGCGGGAAGCCCCGGGCUGUGCGGAGACCUCAAUGCCCAGACGUGUGAGGAGCAGGAGGGGCGCUGCCACGACGCCUCGGGCUCAGCCAUGGGUGGCUCCGGAGCCGGGAGCAUCGGACCAUUGUGCCCUCCUUUGCAGUGCAAUCAGGACGAAGACUCCUUGACUUUGCUCAUCCAAGUGCCUCAGAUUCAGCCGCAAAGUCUUCACGGGGACCUGAGCCCCCUCCGAUACAAUUUGUGCUUCUCCACACAAGACUCAGGCUAUUGCUUCACUUUGCAGUUUGCUCCAGAGAAUAAAUUGAGUACCAGAGAACCCGUGAUUAGCAUUUCUUUAAACAAUGCGGUGAUAGUACUGGCAAAAUCUCCGGAGAGCCGUGGACACUGGCGAGAAUGGUAUUGUGGCUUGAACACCGACUCUUUGGAGGAAAGAUUGUUUCUUGAUGAAGAAAAUGUUAAUGAGUUUCUUGAAGAGGUCCUGCAUUCCCCGUUGACACAGGAGAGGUCCCUAGCCCCCCCACCAUUGAUUGAAGUUCUUCAGGUUACAGAUGAGAAGAUUCAGAUUCAUGCAAAGUUGCAAGAAUGUAGUGGUCCUGAUGGGCUUCAAGGAGAGGAAAAAGGAGUCAGUGAAGGAUGUCCUCUAAGUGAAAAGGGAGACACAGAACAUUUUACCACCUCUACCACUGAUUCCGAUUCAUCUGUAGCAGUUGAAGCAGUAAAAACAAACACUUGUGGCUCAGCUGUGGGCCCUCAACACAUUUGUCCUGAUCUUCCUCACAUGCUGUCUGGAAAACCUCAGCAACCGGAGGCAAAAACGGACCCUGAGUUUAUAAAAGAAAACGAUGCUACCUACUCAGCAGAGGAAAAGGAAAAUAUAAAAGAGCCAGUCAUAACUAAAGAAAAAGAAUUAGAUGGAGAUCACCUGUCUUCAUUACUGGACAAAACGGCAGUUCAAGACAAAGCUGACUUUGAGAGCAUCAAAGAAACCAAUAUGCAGGAUGGUAGUGUGCAGAUUAUUAAAGAUCACACAACUCAAUGUGCAUUCAGUUUCCAGAACUCUUUGCUGUAUGAUUUGGAUUAAUUGUAUGUAAUUUUGAAAUUUAAAAGUUGAGUAAUAAAAAUUGGGGAUCUAAAAUA